GAUGAUGCACGGCUCUUCCGGGUACGGUGCGGAGCGGUACGGAGCAGAGGCGUUGUUGUGGGCGCAGCAUCCAGAGAUACAAAGAAGACGGCGACAAUGGCCGAAAUAUCACUGUAUCUCACUAACGUUAAUGUGUCGAUAGGACAGACCAUGAAUGCGGCGCAGACUCAGAGCCCUAACCCGGCCAGAGGCUUUGAGAGUGUGGAGCUGGGGGAGCUGAAAGAGAGAGAGGAACAGGAGCAGAGGGAGAAGGUACCUCGCAGGAUCAUCCAUUUCUCCAGCGGGGAGACCAUGGAGGAGUACAGCACCGACGAGGAGGAGGGAGAGGACAAGGAGCUGGAGAGGAAAGACCUGCUGUCCUCCCCGGUCGAACCGGUGAGGUCAAAGUUGACAUGGGGUCCAUACUUCUGGUUUCACAUGUGGAGAGCUGCCACAUCCACCAUCUCAGCCUGCGACUACCUGGGGGAGAGGAUGGCCUCCCUGUUCGGGAUAACGUCAGCCAAAUAUCAGUAUGCUAUUGAUGAAUACUACAGGAUGAAGAAAGAGCUCCGAAGCUUCAGUGGCGGUGGCGGCGGUGGGAGGACCCAACAUUUUCUGACUGCACUUGAAGGCAGCUUUAUUUCAUGGGGAAAAGAGAGAAAAUAAAAGACGACGCAGCGAGAGAUGAAGCGACUGCUUUGUUAUUACAGGACACAAUCACCUGCUGUCACAAAAUCCUGCGCAGUUCAGUGCUUGUGUUUUUUAUUUAUUUUUUUACCUUCGUAGUGUUUAAAACUUCUUUACAGUAACGUUACGGGACUCGUACGCCGCGUAUAGCCGGUUAACGUUACAUGAUUGUCCACCACCGCAGGUUGACGUUGGGUCGUCUCCAAAAGUUCAAACGGACUUAACUUUCUGCUGCAGCCUUUCAAAACAAACAGAAAGACCUGCGUUUUUGCCGGACUGUCCGACGAGUGACGACAGAAGCAGUGUAUGUGAAUGAAUGCUCAGCCAGCCAGUGCCUCGCUGUAUUGGCAUUAUGCAGGGCUGUACUAUCUUUAAUGGCCUGAAAACGACAGCAGGCUGCUACAGUAUAACCAUACAGACCUCUACACACAUCAGACUGCUCGCUUGUUACUUAACAUUUCUCCGUUCUCGGCUGAGAUGGACGACAUAGCGCUGCAUAAAUUAGCCAGUGGCUAGCGGACAUUUAGCAAGCAUCUUAAUCCCGACAAAAUGCCACAGUGAAUUUCAGCAUGCAUGCACGUUUAAAAAAACAACAACAACGAAUAUUUGAAUCCCAAAAUUGAAAAUCGAAUAUUCGGCUCCAGCCCUAGAAUCCAUGUUCGUGUGAUUUUGUUUGCCAGCUGAUGUAAUUCCUUCUGGUGUCUCCGUGGCAGAGGGAGGAAGAGAAAGAGGAAAACCGGCUGUCAGAAGAAGCAGAGCGAUCCUUUGACCAGCUGCAGUCUCAGGAAGAUGAAGACGAACCAAUCGCCAUGACGGAGCAGCGGGACGUGGCCGCCGCGCUCCCCGAUGUGACCU